CUUGAGAUAGCCGCUCUAGUUAUUAUACAACUCAAUGGUCAGGCCUAUUGAUCCACGAAAACAUUAGAGCGUGUAUUGUCGAAGUGUUCUUGUACUGUAGUUGGCGGCCCGAAAAAGUCACGCAAAAUAAAAAAUGCCAAAUAGAUGUAUUGUGGCUGGUUGCUCUAAUGUCUCUAAUGUAAAAAAAGGAGUCUCGCUUCAUUUCAUACCGUUUUCCGGAGAUGAAAGGCCAGAAGCCAAAAUAAGACGUAAACAAUGGAUUGAUUUCGUACGGUUGAAACGGGCAAAAUGGGAUCCAACACCUAAUUCCAGUUUUGCUCAGCACAUUUCGCAAAAGAAGAUUUUUCGCAAAUGUUUUCUGGUCUGUCGGCUAAAGUACCUAGAUUAGCUACCGAUGAGAUUGGCGUCGUGGCAGUCCCUAAAUAUAAUAUUGCAGCUGAAUGUCCCCCGUCAGCAAGAGCCAAGAGAAGGGUUUUAAAGGAAGCAUUGUCCACAAGUUUGUCUCGACCAGGAGAAUCAGAAGAAGAGCCAGAGGAUUUCGAACACUGCGUGCCAAUGGAAUUAAAUGUGGAUGAAGAGAUACCAAGCGAUGUUCCUUGCAGCAAAACAAACAGCGCUUUGACUCAGACAGAUGGUUGUGUUGGUUGUGCGUACCUACUGAAAGAGAAAAGGAAAACAUGGAACAAAUAUGUAGCUCUGAAAGCAAAAUACGAUGAAUUAGUGAAAGCCAAACGUUCUAAAGGUGUUCAGUGCAAUAUACUGAAUGACGAAGAGGUCAUUCAGCACAGAGCUGAAUCUGAAAUGACGGCAGGCAACGACGUAAAUGAAGAGUCUGAAGACAGCGAAGUUGAAAUGGACACGGUUGCGGACGACGAUUUUAAAAUAGAAGACGAGGCUGAAUCGGGAAGAUCGGAAUUUGAUGAAUUAGAAGAUGAAUGCAGAAGGAAUCCUAGAGAAAACAUACGGAAGGAAGAAAAAUACAUUGUUUUCCAAUCCCAGUUGAUGUUACUGUUUAAAUUUUGCCAUGUUUGCAAGGCAGAUAACCCGCUCGUAGAAAUGGUAACAGAUGGUACACUAGUUGUUGUCAAAACAACCUGUGGAAACCCCGCGUGCGAUAAAAGGAAUAACAUCUGGAAAAGUCAGCCACUUUUGCCAAACACAAAAGUAAAUGCAGGAGACUUCCUUUUAAGUUUUGCCAUACUUGUUUCUGGAGGAUCUUCCACCAAAGUGAUCAACAUGUUUCGACACAUGGGGCUUGCUACAAUAUCUAAUGAGUCUUUCUAUAGACACCAAGUGAAAAUGGUGCUUCCGACAAUCUUUCAUCACUGGAAAGACUAUCAAAGAAAGAUUCUUGAUAGAUUACAGGCUCUGGAAUCAAUUACCAUUUCUGGUGACGCACGACAUGACAGCAUGGGUCAUAGUGCAAAAUAUGGUGCUUAUACAAUAUUUUGUUGUACUUCAGCUGAAAUAAUCGAUUUUAGUUUGAUCCAGAGAAAUGAGGUUGGAAGCAGCACAGGAAUGGAAUUCAAAGGUUUUCAGAGGUGUUUGAAUUUUUUGUUGGAUGAUGGUCUGAACAUUUCCACAAUGGUGUCAGACAGGCAUCAAACCAUUGCUAAAUACAUGAGAGAGAAACAACCAAGAAUUACCCACUAUUUUGACCUAUGGCACUUGAAAAAAAAGUUACACAAGGUAUUGAACAAACUUGCAAAAGAGGCAGAUUGUGAAGAACUGGCCGAAUGGGUAAAGUCGUGCAUUAAUCAUUUUUAUUGGAGUGCUACAUCAACACAUUCAGGAAAUGGUAUGGUUAUACUUGCAAAAUUCAAGUCAUUCCUGAGUCAUGUCAUUGACAAGCAUGAUGGAUUAGAUGAUCCAUUGUAUGAUAAAUGUGCUCAUGGUGAACUGACUCCAAGAAAGUGGAUUCUUCCUGAUUCUCCAGCUUACAUAAAGCUAAGAGAUGCAAUGCUUAACCAGUCCUUUGUAAAGGGCAUUAAGCAAGCUUCUCCUUUGGAGCAAACUAGUUGUUUGGAAGGAUUCCACUCAACCAUAAACCAGUUCUCACCAAAGAUGAAUGCAUAUUCAUUUUCUGGUAUAUAUUGCAGGCACAUCCUAGCUGCUAUUCACUUUAAUGCAAAUUUGUCCUGCAAAACAAAAUUAAAUAAAGAUGGCUCACCAAUGAUCAAGAUAUCAUAUCCAAAGUUUAAAGGGGGUGAAGCUACAGUUCGAGAUAUAAAAGAAAAACAAAACUUUGAUUAUGUUGAUGAGAUCUACCAGACAUAUGUGAGAGCAUCUCAAAAUGGCAGUCUUAAGAUAGCUUAUGAACAGCUGAAUAAGAUGGCACCUGCUCCCAUGAACACCAUGCUUGAAAAAGAGAGAAGAGAAAUAGCUGUGAUGAAGAGAAAUGCCAGAAAAACCAUUGUUGUUGAAGAUAUGCCUCCAACAACACCAGUUUCAGUAGUCCUUACUCAAGAAAAGGCGGCAAAGGGUGGCAAAUCAUCUGCCAACAGAGCAAAACCAAGGUGUUCUGUCUGCAGAAAUUUAAUGGCAGGACAUAGCAAAAUAAAGGACUGUCCCAAAAACAAGAGAGUCAGAUUAGAUGCAACAGAGUGACAACAGAGUUAGAACAAACGAGAUUAUAACAAGAUCAAACAAUCAUAUUACAUAAUCAAACAAUCAUAUUACAUAUAAAUAUAGUUUUUGUUAUAAUUUGAAGUUAAUCCCACAAACCCUAAAUACAACAGUUGAAAAUUUUCAAGAGA